AUGGAUUUAGAUAGACUCCAGAAUGAUGCAGCGAAAAUCGAUUGGUCGGUUGUCUGUAAUGCAGAUACAAUCGACGACCAAGUGGCUGUUUUUAACUCUCUGUUAAUCCAACUAUAUGAUGUACACGCACCCAUUCGACCUGUAAGGGUAAGACAUCACCCUGCUCCAUGGAUUACUCCUGAAAUUAGAAAAUUACAGGAGAAAAAGGUUCGCGCAAAGUCACGAUACAGAUUGAAUAGCUGUGAAGCUAAUAGAGAGAUAUAUAUUAAGGCUCGGAAUCGUUGUAAUAGGGUGUGUAGAGAUGCACAACGACGCCACAUCUAUAAAUCUGUUAUCGAAGAAGAAGAUCCUAGUAAAGUCUGGAACUUUCUAAAAUCACUGGGAGUUGGCAAAGCGCAUCAGAAUUAUCGCUCUCAAAAUUUAGACCUUAACGAGUUGAAUCUCCAUUUUUCCUCAUCUGUUACCAUUGAUAGUGUGACUAAAUCUUUGACAAGAAAUCGACUUUCAACCUUGCCAACUCCUAAUACUCCCACUUUCUUUCUUAAUCAGUUGGCUGAAUGUGAUGUUAAGAAGAACAUUUUAGCUAUUAAGUCCAACUCCGUCGGAUCUGACAGCAUUAGUCGGUUAAUCCUCCUUCUAAUAACACCAAUCCUAGCUCUGGGAACUAUAGAGCCACCGCCGCCCGUGUCUCAUUCCGUGAACCGAAAUACAAUAGCGGAGGGUUGGCUCAACGUAAGCCUGAACCAAUUCGAUGCUUCGAACACUGAGACAUUUCCUAUGCGUUAUUACUAUAACAAUCAGUUCGCCACAUCCGACCACGUCGUCAUCUUCGUGGGAGGGGAGUGGUCGAUCUCCCAGGGGUGGGUCACAGCUGGGCUGGCCUUCGAACUAGCCAGGUCGAUCGGCGCCGGACUGUUCUACACUGAACACAGAUACUACGGGCAGACGCGGCCAACCAGUGGAACGACAGUACCAGAACUCCGCUACCUCAACGUAGACCAGGCGCUGGCUGACCUCGCUCAGUUCAUAGAGUACGUGAAGAGUGACAACUUUGAACAGGGCAGAUUCAAGUCAGGCAAUGUGGCUCUUGUUGGCUGCUCCUACGCGGGCAGUAUGGCGACGUGGAUGCGUCUGGCGUACCCUCACCUCAUCACAGUUGCCUUCUCCGACAGUGGACCGCUUCACGCCCAGGAGGACUUCCCAGAGUACCUGGAGGUGAUAACCGAAGCCCUGAGAGAGCAAGGCAGUGAACAGUGCGUAUCCUCCAUCCAGGAGGCAAUGACCCAAAUUAUCGACCUUGUGGAGACGCAGGCUGGUCUCAAUACUGUCUCACAGUUGUUUAGAACCUGCGCUCCUCUCCAAAACACGCCCUUGGAACUCGCCACCUUCUUCUGGUACGGCAUCACGGAGACAUUCGCAUACUUGGUGCAGUACGCAACGCCUGGCCAGAUACCGGCGGCUUGCGCACAAAUCACUAACAGCACUUUGGGUGGUCCAGUAGAACGCCUCGCCGCCUGGAUCACCUCUCAGUCCUGGACGCAACCGUGCAUCGAAUCCCGCUACGCUGAGCAAGUCGCCGCACACACCAACACAAGCUAUGACGCGCCAGGAAGCACUAUGCGUCUGUGGACGUACCAGACCUGUGUCGAGUACGGCUGGUAUCAAACCACGACGAGCAGCAGGCAGCCGUUCCUGUCCGCCGUGCCGCUGGGGUAUUUCCAUCAAAUGUGCAAGGAUUUCUUUUCUACUGCCUUCGACGAGCCAUCCCUCCGAGACGGUAUACAUCGCACCAACACGCUAUUCGCGGGUCUGACACACAUGCCCGACCACGUGGUCACGGCGGUGGGCGGACACGACCCGUGGUCGCCGAUGGGACCUAAUACAACACACGCGACCGCGUUGUCACCAGUACACGUUGUUUCUCGUAUCUCACACUGCAGGGCUUUGAGACCAACAGGUGACAGUGAAACUCAAGAUUUAGAAGAUGCCAAGAUCAAGAUCUUGCGCUAUAUGGACAACAGGAUGACCGGAGUUCGAGAUAGCGCAAGUCUCGCGGUUUUGUCUCCCUUGCUUGUUAUUUCAAUCGCAAUUUACUAUAUCUUGUAACAUAUUAAAUGUUAAGGACAUUU